AGAGAGUCUACGGGAGGAGGGAGGACUCUCCUCCUCCUCCCUCCUCCUCCCCCUCCUCCUCCUCCUCCUCCUCUCCCAGCACUCCGAAGCCAGCAACAACAGCACCACGGCCCAGGGCUGCGGGGCGGGCCUGGACCCUGUCUACUCCUACCUGUGCGACACGCAGGCCAGCUGGGGCAUCGUCCUGGAAACGGUGGCGGCGGCCGGCGUGGUGGUCACCCUGGCCCUGAUCGUGGCCUUGGUGGGCACCGUCCCGUUCGUCUCCAACGUCAAGAAGCUGGCCAGCGUGGCCGUGCAGCUCUACCUGCUCCUGGGGACCCUGGGCCUCUUCGGCCUGACGUUCGCCUUCAUCAUCCAGCUGGACCAGCGCACCUGCCCGACCAGGGUCUUCCUCUUCGGGGUGCUCUUCGCCAUGUGCUUCUCCGCCCUGAUCGCUCACGAAGCUCGCCUGCUGGGGCUGGUAAGGAGGGAGCAGACGCCGCUCGGGGGCUGGGCGGCUCUGGGCGUGGCGCUGGGCCUGACCCUCGUGCAGGUGAUCAUCGCCGUGGAGUGGCUCCUGACCGUGCUGGUCCGCGACGGCAACCCCUGCUCCUACAGCCAGGGGGAGUUCGUCAUGCUCCUGAUCUACGUGAUGUUCCUGAUGGCGCUGGGCCUGGCCCUGGCCGCGUUCACGUUCUGCGGGGCCCACGGGAAGUGGAAGAAGCACGGCUGCUUCGCGUUCGUAACCCUGAUGCUGUCGCUGAUGAUCUGGGUGGUGUGGAUCGUCAUGCUCACCCGGGGGAACGCCGAGCUGGGGAAGAGGCCCCUGUGGGACGAUCCCGUGUUGAGCAUCGCUCUGGUUUCCAACGCCUGGGUCUUCCUGGUGUUCUUCACGGUCCCAGAGCUGCACUUCCUGAGCAGGAAGGGGAAGGAGAGGGUGUGGGAGGAGCCGGCCUCGGCCCUGCCCACGCUGACCUACAAGAAACACGGAGCGGACAACCAGGCCUACCUGUCCGAGAACCGCGGCGCUCAUGAAUCUCCCUACGCUCCCACGAUGCCAAUGAAGAAUUUGAGAUCCAAGCCGGACUUCACAAUCCCGCGCCCCCAAACCACUGCUUCAAAAGAGCACCCCUACAGCGACUACUAUGGGACCCAUAUCAACAGCCCUGAAUAACAACUCACAAUACACUGAGAUACACUGAGACACACUGA